GGUAGGUGUUUUACUAGUGGGCCAGUCAGAGAACUUGAAGUUUCGUUUUUCAAGCUUUACACAGCCGGGAAAGAUCAUAAAGGAUGCAGACAUGCUUUUAACACGUUGUGCAUUUGAUAUACUAAAUAUCGUCUAUGAAAAUUUACAAAUGCUAAAGCCACCACACGGAAUUUCAAGUAACGAUGAGGCCAAAUUUGAUAACAUUUUUGAGUUAAUAAUGUCAACUUUCAAAAGUAUUUGCCUCCCUGUGAACGAAUAUCCCGAUAUGUUACCCGACUUCACUUACCCGCAAAACAUUGACAAGGCUAUAGAAAUUGUAGCCACUGCACCCGGAGUUGUUUUGUGCGUAAAAAAGCGUGGGAUGCUGGAAAUUUAUAUUGAUCAAUCUAAAACGAAACAUGUCACUACUGACAUAAUUCGCAACGCGUUACAUGUCAAUGAUGUCAUAAACUUUACGUUCGUCUAUUGCAAAACAAAGCAAUUAUCUCUGUAUGAGUCUGGAGAUUCUGUUUUCCAAUCACUUGGAACGCUCGGCGGCUUUGUAAGGAAGGUUGCAUUGCCAAGUGUAUCUCUAAGAGAUCAAAGCAGGGAUUCGGCGCAGAGUGUUGGUUCCAUGAGUGCAAAUACCGUCGCUCUUGUUUCUCGUCACGUGGUUCAAUUAGCACAGCUUCCUGUUUUAGUUGUGGACUCUAAUGCAAUGCCAAUAGGUAACAUUGGAAACAUACACCAAAAUGCAGAAAUAGACAUAUUGCCAGUGGAUGUCGAUGAGGCAUGUGUUCAUCUUUGCGACCCCAAGUUCAGGACAGAUCUUAAUGUCAGAAUGUACGCAAAACUAAGAAAAUCUGGAGAUUUGCGAGCCUUGCGUGGAUCGAUCGUGCACUUAUGGGGCGCAAUGUCUCAGCCUGGCCACGGAAUACUCGUCGAGCAUGAUGCAACCGCCGGAAAUGGCCUUCGAAUCAUUAUUCGUGACCGCCGUAGAGAGGCGCCUUUCGCGCAAGAGGGCGACAGUGGGGCAAUGGUCUGCUACCACGAUCGUGAAAAUGACGUUUAAUACGCUGUUGCAAUGUUGAUUGAUUCGAUUCAAAUUGAAGGUGAGCCUAUACAUAGGAGAUACACAGCGCAGAUUCUUGAUGACGGGCUUCAGAGACUGUCGAUUAUAAACGGAUGCCAGUUUAUGAUCUUUGAAGAUGACCCCGAAAGUGACGAAAAUGUUUAGGUUUAAUGAAUUGAACAAAUAGUCAUUCUAUAGGACCAAUAACUUUUCAAGAUAUUUAUGAAAAUGUUUCAUUUGUGCUGUAAACUGCAUAAUUUUGAUUGUGAGUAGA